AUGUGGGAUCGCGGCGCUCCAACGCCGGUAGUGCAGAACACGCACCAGGCGAAACAUGAUAAUCAGUCCGGCCCAUCUUGGAUCUGCGAGAGCUGCGGCACGCCGAACCCGGGAUCCUGCACGCAUUGCACUAAGUGCUCGCAGCUCCGCGUCGAGGAGCGAGUGGUGCGUCAGCAGGCGAGAGCGAUGCAGGGCCUCGGGCGAGGUGGUGGCUACUAUGAGCGGGACGAAUCGUCCAUAGACCGGUCUGAGGAGAUCAUCGCUGAGGCUACCGGAGGCCUGGAUGUCUUCGGCCGUCGGAGAGGUUCUGCUGUCCCGGCUCCAGUCUCCGAGAGUGCGCCAUCACCGCGGUCUGGGGCAAGGAAUGCUUUGACGACGAAUGUUGCUAACCUGCCGACAAAGGCGGACCGCCAGAAAGCGGCGCUCGAGCGACUGAGAAAUCCGGUCCUCAAGAAGAAGGAGAUGUCGCCACCGAG